AGAAAACUGCAAACUGAAAAGAGUGAACCUGGUGUUUUAAAUUAAUAAUUCAAAGAUUACUUAAUAAAUUUUAGGAUUAUUUACCUAAAUUUAUUAUAACUUUAAUAAUAAUAUUACGUGAAAAUUGAAACGACAUCAAUGAUAUGACGGUUUCGUUCGAUUGACGUUUGGCUUUGACAGCAAUCAAUGCGGAUUGUCGCCGGAAUUGUAUCGUGACUUUCAAAAAAAUAUAACAAACUAUUUAAGAAAACUUAAUAUCAAAAUGGCAACAUCAGUGAUAAACACAUACACGGACCCAUGCCUUCCUGAGUGGAUGAACGCGCCCCACAGCACGGGCACGUCGAUCAUGGCGUGCGAAUUCGACGGCGGAGUGGUGAUUGGAGCCGACUCGCGCACCACCACCGGCGCGUACAUCGCCAACAGAGUCACCGACAAGCUGACCAGGAUCACUGAUCAUAUAUACUGCUGUCGGUCCGGAUCGGCCGCCGACACUCAGGCUAUAGCUGAUAUUGUUACUUAUCAUUUGAAUUUCCAUAAGAUGGAGUUGGGUGAGCCCCCACUAGUAGAGACUGCAGCAGCUAUAUUCCGUGAACUGUGCUACAACUAUCGCGAUUCACUUGUAGCAGGUAUCCUUGUAGCUGGCUGGGAUAAAAAGAAAGGAGCACAAAUCUACUCAGUACCCAUUGGCGGUAUGGUGCAGCGUCAAGCCGUCUCCAUUGGGGGAUCUGGUUCCUCAUAUGUCUAUGGUUAUGUUGACGCUAACUUCAAGCCCAAAAUGACCAAGCAAGAAGCCAUGAAGUUUGUCACAGACACUCUGACACUAGCCAUCCUGCGUGACGGGUCAUCUGGUGGUGUGGUGCGUCUAGGAGUCAUCACAGAGGCUGGUGUGGAACGUUCUGUCAUCCUGGGUGAUCAGCUACCUAAAUUCUAUGAGGGUUGA